GAAGGCAGCAUCAGCUGUAACGUUUGUACAGUUGCUGCUGGAGGAGAGGGCCGAGACCACAGCAGGACACAGUUCAGACACAGCCAUCACAGUAAGUCAGCGGGCUCUUGGUCGUCGUCAGAAGUUAACCGUCGUUUUCCUGCAACUCUGGACCCUCGACAUUGCGUAAACAACAACAACAACAGUCACCAUGGCAGAAGCCCACCAGGCGGUGGCCUUCCAGUUCACCGUCACCCCAGAGGGCAUUGACGUGCGGUUGUCCCACCAGGCCCUCACUGAGAUCUACCACUCUGGUAUACGCUCUUGGAAGAAACGCAUCAUCGGACUCAAGAACAGUGUGUUAACAGGGGUUUAUCCUGCCAGUCCUUCCUCCUGGCUAUUUGUGGUCAUAGCAAUCCUGGCUACUAUGUACACACGCUCCGACCCCUCCAUGGGACUCAUAGCCAAGAUACAGGAGCACCUGCCAGUCAGCCAGUCUAUGAGUACCCAGUGCCAGGCCUUAGUGUCAGCAGUGCUCUUCAGCACCAUGCUAUGGCUCUUGCUCAUCUUCACCAUGCGCCUGUGCCUCAAGCAGCUUCUCUCCUACCACCGCUGGAUGUUCGAGAAGCACGGCAAGAUGUCCCACACCACCAAAGUCUGGGUGGCGCUGGUGCGGAUCUUCUCUGGCAGGAAGCCUCUGCUCUACAGCUACCAGGGCUCAUUGCCAAACCUGCCUGUGCCUGCCAUCAAGGACACGGUCAAGAGGCACUUGGAGUCAGUGCGUCCGCUGAUGGACGAUACAGAGUAUGAACGCAUGACCAAGCUGGCGGCAGAUUUCGAGGGCGGCGUCGGCAACCGCCUGCAGUGGUACCUCAAGCUCAAAGCUCUCUGGGCCACCAACUACGUUAGUGACUGGUGGGAAGAAUAUGUCUAUCUACGUGGACGGAGCCCAAUUAUGGUCAACAGUAACUAUUAUGGCAUGGACUUCAUGUAUGUGACACCCACACCCAUCCAGGCGGCCAGGGCGGGCAACAGCCUUUACGCGUUCUUCCAGUACCGCCGCAAACUCAACAAAGAAGAGCUUCAACCUACCCGUAUACCAGGCACUGUCAUUCCUCUGUGUUCAGCUCAGUGUGAGAGGCUAUUCAACACCACACGCAUUCCUGGAGAGGAGACCGACACUGUGCAACACUGGCAGGACAGUGACUACAUAGCAGUGUACCACAGGGGUCGCUAUUUCCGCCUUAAGAUGUACCACGGAGGCAGACUCCUGUCGCCCAGGGAGAUUGAAUUCCAGAUUCAGAGGAUCCUUGACGACCCUUCAACUCCAUGCAAAGGAGAGGCCAAACUGGCAGCUCUGACUGCUGGAGACAGAAUUCCAUGGGCUAAAGCCAGGACAAAGUAUUUCAGCAGUGGAGUCAAUAAGCGCUCUCUGGACUGCAUUGAGAAAGCCACCUUCUUUGUGACCCUGGAUGAUGAGGAGCACUGCGUGAUGGGAGAAGACCCAGCAGCUAGUUUAGACCGCUACGCCAAAUCCUUAUUGCAUGGGAAAUGUUAUGACAGGUGGUAUGACAAGUCCUUCACGCUAAUUUACUACAAGAAUGGGAAGUCAGGCUUCAAUGCAGAGCACUCGUGGGGCGAUGCGCCCGUGAUAUCGCACUUAUGGCAGGUUCAAUUGUCCAAUGACUGUUUCCAGCUGGGUUACAAUGCCGAGGGGCACUGCAAAGGAGAUGUGGAUUCAUCACUACCAAAACCACAGAAGCUGAACUGGGAAAUUCCUCCAGAGUGUGAGGAGCAGAUCUCCCAGUCCCUGGCAGUGGCCCAGGCCCUGGCCGACGACGUGGACUUGCACGUUUUCCGCUUCGAAGACUUUGGCAAAGGAAAGGUCAAGAAAUGUCGCGUCAGUCCAGAUGCCUUCAUUCAGAUGGCUCUUCAGUUAGCCUACUACAGGGAUCAGGGGAGAUUCUGUUUGACGUACGAAGCCUCUAUGACCCGUCUGUUCAAGGAGGGCAGAACCGAGACAGUUCGCUCUUGUACCAGUGAGAGCAGCGCUAUGGUCCGAGCCCUGGAUGGUGGAGAGGCAGCAGAUGUGUGCAGGCGUUUGUUCCACGAAGCUGCAGAAAAGCACCAGUAUUUAUACCGCAUGGCUAUGACUGGAGCUGGCAUCGACAGACACCUCUUCUGCCUCUAUGUGGUGUCCAAAUACCUUGGAGUGGAGUCUCCUUUCUUGCAAGAGGUGCUGUCCGAGCCCUGGCGGCUGUCCACCAGUCAGUCUCCAAUACACGUGGAGAUGUUUGAUUUAGUCAACUACCCAGAUUACGUGUCCUGUGGAGGGGGCUUUGGACCGGUGGCUGACGACGGUUAUGGGGUGUCCUACUCCAUUGUGGGAGAAGACAUAUUAAACUUCCACAUCUCGUGCAAGCGCUCGUGUCCAGACACUGAUGCCCACAGGUUCGGUGCUGCGAUCAGAAAAGCUCUGCAUGACCUGAUACAGCUGCUGAUGCCCAACCAAACAGAGCCCAGCAGGAGACAGGAGAAGCGGCCGGAGGUCAAGAAAAACCUGUAGGCGAUUACUCAGGAGAAAAGGAUGCUGAAGGGAAGGUGUGCGAACAGAAAUGUUCCACUGUGAAGUGAGAAAAAGACAAAGGGUUUUUUUUCCUCGUGCAUUGGGAGAAUUUUAUAGCCAGCCAGAUGAUAUUCAAGGGACAGCUUCAAAAGGAAACUGAUAAAAUGAUGUCUUUACAGAUAUGCAUCUGUAUCUGUGUGUGUGUAUAAGCUGUGUGAUAAGUGUGUGAGAAGGAAAAGGGUCCAUAGAAUGACAAAUCAAGAAGUAAGAUUUAUUUGUUCAGUUUUGUCCAACACUGGGGAAAAAAUGUUAUUAUUGUGACAUGUUUUGAUUAUUUUAAAAAGGCCAAUAUGAAUUGCACCACUGAAAGUUAGGGUAGAGACUCCUAACACUUCACAUAUUCAAGUGCAGUAUGUUUUGACACUAUUAAGCGUGCCACACUUUUUGUGCCACUAAUUAUCUGUUGAAUUUGUUGGGAAAGCGUAUUUGGAAGAGGCUGAUGCAUAUUGAGUUCCAGAGCAUUGGCACAGGAGAGAAAACGUGCAGGGCUGUUGAGGUGAUUUCAGUUUCUAGCAUCUGAAUGCAACAUUGCUGUAACAGUGAUACCGCGCAUUUCAAAAUCUCGGAAGUCUGCGACUUCUCAGUGUUUACUCAUCCUGUGUAAAUCUGCUUUCUACAAAAACACAUGAUUGUAAUGCUGUGCUGAGAGUGCCAGGCUGUUUAUACAUGUAGUGAAAUGACAUGGCUCUGUUAUAUUUAUAUGGUGCCAGCUCACCCGGGAUAUGACUUAAAUUUUAUGUUUAAUAACAUAACAAUAACAAUGUAACAUCUGUCAGUUUUUCUCUCAGUGGUCACUCGCAUUUCAAUUUUACCAAGUCAAAAAGUGUACUGUAAUGAACUCCAGUUAUUUCACUGCCAUCUAUAAAUCUGUUUUGUAUUUAUUUUUAUCACCGUAUUAUUGAAACAGCACCAUAACAAUGCAAGCUAUAUUAUAAACAUCAUGUGCAGGUAGUUAGGCUUGAGCAGUGCUGCAGGUCAGAUGUGGAUUACAUGUGGAGUGAAGCCAUCUGAUUCAAAGGACGCUGUGUACAAGUGACGCAGAUUCCUGUUUAUUUUCAUUGAUUAUCGCCUCUUUUUUUGUUUUCAGUUGAGCUUGUCUCGUAUUACUAUUGUCAGCUUUUUUAAUGCGAUAUAACGGGGGAACAUAAAGUCAUUCGUAAAGAAAAAUAGCCA